AUUGAAUGUUUGAAUUGAAUAUUUUGCAGGAAAAUAUUUUUUACCAACCAGGUUCGUCCUCUCCUUCGUCGGCGACAGGAAGUGCGUGUCACAUUGAAGUAGCUACAUCUGCGUUUCAAUCUGUUCCCAAGUUUUCUGGCCAUUGCGUUUAUUUCUAUUUUUAUGCAUUCAGGGCAUAAACUUCUCAUCUCAUAUUAAUUUUCGCGUUUCUGUUUCUGAAUCGUCGACGGACGAAAAGUAGAAGUUAGAUGAGGGAGAACUCUGAGUAUACCAUAUAAUGAUUUAUUUACAUCCUCAAAUCAUUCCAUGAUUAAGCUAUUGAAAUAAUACUGGGUAACUUAGGUUGUAAAUUGGACAUGUAACUAAUAGAUCUCAUCACUGUAGCUGCAGCAGACUUAAUCAUGUCUGGAUCAAAAUCAUCAUCUCGCUCAGCUGCAGUGAAACGAGAUGGAAGUUUGCGCUAUGCCACUAGGCAUUUAGUUGCUGAAAAAGGGAAAAGAGGUAGUCACAAAGAGGUUAAUUCAUCAAAAUCAUGUGAUUGCUUAUUAAAAUCUGAAGGAAGCAAAAUUUCAAAACAUAUGUACAAUUCUAAGCUUCCUAUCAAGCGAGGAGCAAAUAAUCGUAUAAGUAACACGAGAGAUUCAAAAAGUAAAUCUGCAUCUUCUAACCAUCAGGAGAAAGUUGUUAUAGUUUCUAAACGCUCAUCCUCUGUUAGUGUGGUGAAAUCUUGCAAAUUACGCAAAUCAGUAUCAGUUAAGAAAGUUAGUUACUCCACCUCAGUUGUGUUAUCUUCAGAAGAAGAAGAUUCAGACAGUGAAGAUGAUGAAGAAGAGUCGGGGGAUGAAGAAAAAGAAGAAAGUUUAAGAAAAACCAGAACUGUUGUGAAGCAUACAACAUCUAAAGUGAAGUCAAGCUUUUCAAAUGUAAAGAAAUCUACCAAGAAAUCUGCGCAAAAAGCUAAAGCGAUUAAAUUGCUCUGUGAGAAAUUAUCUUCUGGUAAGCAUAAAGAUGAGUUUGCAAACCGUGAACUUCGCCCAAGAUUUCCCUAUAGCAUGUUACAAGACAUCCCAACUGCUAGAUCUCACAGAAUGGCAAGUUUAAAUGCUUUAGCCAAAGUUCAUGUUUUAUAUGAAAAUGAAGGUAGGACAGUUGGUGAAAGCCUGAAUGAUGCUGAUGAGACAACAUUAAUUGACUUUCUAAAUGAAAAUUCUGAUGAAGAGGAUGAUGAAGACGAAGAAGAUGAAGAGGACGAUGAGGAAGAAAUAAAAUUCAAUAAAAUGUUGAAGAAAGAGGCAAAGAUAUCAUCUAAUAAUCAUAAGGAGUCCAACAGUGAUAAAAAAUCAGAAAAAACAAAAGCUGUUGAGGCAAAGCAGAAGAACAGUAAAAAAACUAAACCAAAACCUAUUCAACGUAAGAAAAGAAAGAGAAAAGCUCCUGAUGUUGAAAUAAUAGAUACCAGAAUAUGUAAAAGAAUGGCUAGUUUAAAUGCACAAGCUAUCUUAGCUGCUAGCUAUCUUCAGGAACCAAAGCCCAAAAGAAUCUCCAAAAAAAGUGAUAAAUGUGAUAGUUCUUCAGAUACAGAAGAUAAAGAAGUAUUUCUUGAAUCCAAGUGUGACAUUGAAAUUAUAGAAACUGAAAACAAAGAUACAAGUGCUAUUAAAAUUAAAGAAACUAAAAACAACUCGGUGAAACAAAAACCUGAUCGAAAAUCCCUUACUUCAAAAGAUAAUUCUCUUGAGAGUGGGAAAUCGCCUGCAUACAAACCCUCAGAGUUUCCUAGUCGUUCCAAUUGGUCGAUUGAAUCAGAUGUUGCAUUAUCGGAGACACUUUCUUCAAAAUCAACUCCACUUUCUGUUAGCAACAAUACUGUUGUAUCAUCCACAUCAACUAAAGUUGGCUUAACCCAAUACACAGAAGUCACUAAAGUUCAAAUCAAAUCUCAUCAAGAUACUGAAAUCAAAGAAGAAAGUAAAUCAGAAAGAAAAAUAGAGCACAUUGUAUCAAAUGACGAUGUAGCAAUUACUCAAAUGUAUCAUUAUCAAUCUAAAAAUUCUAAUGAAAGUUAUUGCGUUCAAAUGCAGACAACUUAUAAGCCUGGAUCAAAAACCUUGACCCCACCUUCUCUUGGCAACCCUUUACACAAGCAUAUGAGUGAAUCAAUGAUGUCAAGUGGUCAAAAUUACUAUGGAAGACCUAGUCAUAGUCCAAUUAGUCCCUCUCAGUCAUAUCACAUGAAUCCUAAUAUUGGGCCUAUGUCACCUGUGAUGGGAAUGGAUCGAGUACCUCGACAGUAUGGUGGCAGUGCUUUUACUGUACCCCAUUAUCGUCAGUCACAGCAACCUCAAUAUUCUCAAAAUGAAUAUGGAUAUUAUCAACCUGCUGGUCCUUUGAUUCAGCCAGCACCUGACAACUGUACUAUUCACAAGCCUGUUCCAUAUCAUCCUCAACCAAAUCUUCAUCAACAACCACAGCGACCUCAGCCUCCCGCACCUCAUCGAAAUGCCUACCAAAACUUUCACUCUCAACCUCAUUCUAAUAACUCUUCAGUCAUGGGCCCUCACCACAUUCAAAGACAGAAGCAUAUCAUUCCUGCCUGUCCACCUCCAUUGGAGAUUCUUCCACCUCAACCUAAACACCCUCGGUAUUCUGUCUGUCGCCCAGGGGAAGAAGUUUCUCCACGAGGAUUCAGUAGCCAUUCAACUUAUGAAUCUUCAAAACACCCUCAAGCAUUGCAUUCAUCUUAUUCCUCUAGAGACAGUUAUUCUGGUUACGAUAAGCAAAAACCUUCUACAAACGCAUUUGUUAGAUAUUCUCAGCCUUAUGAACAAAAAGAUAAUCAUUCUAAAAACAAUUUUUCACGAAGUUUGGCAUUUAAUGCUCCUCAUCAGAAUGUCACAACCAGUUCAUCUUCACGGGAUUCUGCCCGUUUACACAGUAAUUUAAGUCAUUCUUCAACAGAAAUUCAUCAGCAUUCAUCGCCUCCUCAAGGAGCUAAUCAUUUCAAAAAUCUAAAUGAAAUGGUCAACUCUAGAGAGAGGUCAUGGGGUUUGAGAGAUAGCCGACCUAGAAUGCCUGCAUCCUCUUCAAACUUUGCAUCUUAUCAAGAAGAUGCUAGAAAAAAUUAUUCGGUUGACAGUCAUGAAAAUGCAUCAUAUCCAGUACGUCCCCCAUCAGUAAUAGAAAUUGUUGAUGAUGCACCACGUGAUACCAAGACUUACAUUCAACUAGAAGUUCCAAGAAACAGUCAUAGGGAAAAAAUUGUUGUCGUUGAUAUAGAGACUGAUGAUAUAGAACAAAAACCUUGUGAAUCAGUUAACAAAGAGGUCGUCUUGACUGCAGAUGAGACUAAUAAAAGUCUUCCAGAAAUUGAAGAUACGAGUAUAGUUAAAACCGAGAGUCAGGUAUCUGUGAGCCAAUCUCCUGCUGUCACUAUUGCUGAACAGAACAAAAAUAAAGAGUCCAAUGAAACUUCUGAUAUUACUAUUUUAGAAGUAAAAAAAAAGAAAGAAUCUGCUGUUGUUCGGAGAGCUAGACUUCAUGGGAAACAGAGGACUUUUAGAGACUGUUAUAAUAGACCACUUGCACCGUUGUUCAAAUCUAAAAAGUGUGACAUAUUAAACGUCACUGAGGAGCAUUUGGGUAAAAAAUUCCAACCUCUUGUGUCAUUGCCUCGUCUUGUGCUUCCAAAAAUUCCUGAUAAAAAGCCUAUUCAUGGUUGGUCGUGGGAAGGACCUAUGCAAGAAAAAUUAGUUUAUGUUUCAAAUGACAGCCAUCCUUGUUUGAGACCUUGUUAUCCUGCAAUUCGCCAUGUUGAGGGUGAUGUGAUAUGUGUUAGAGACAGUGUUUUUCUUAGAUCGGGUCCAAGAAAAACAGAUUUGCCAUUUGUUGCAAAAAUAACAGCGCUGUGGAAAAAUCCUGCUGAUGGUAAGUGGAAACAUCAUGGGGAAAUGAACAUGAGUCUUUUAUGGUAUUAUCGCCCUGAACACUCUGACACAGGGAAAAAAGUCACUUAUGCUGAAGAUGAAAUAUUUGCCUCUAAACACAGAGACACCAAUAGUGUUGCUUGUAUUGAAGAUAAAUGUUAUGUUCUAACUUAUUCAGAAUACUGCAGGUACAAAAAAAGAUGUAGGUUGUUAGAGGAUGUAACCAAUGUGCCAGUUUGUGUAGUACCAGAGGGUGAAGAAUCCCUUAGGAUGAAAAAUCUACCUCCAAAUAAUGUUUCACCUGACCUGGUAUUAUUUUGUAGAAGAGUUUAUGAUUACAGGCAAAAAAGACUACUGAAGAAUCCAGUCUAAAAUAUUCAUAACUGUGUGAUGCUGCUUUUUAAACCUUUUAUUAUGGACCAGCUAAUUAUAUUAAAGGAAAAAGAAUUAUGCAAUUGUUUUAAUGGAAGCUCUGUUUCCUAACUUUUGCAUCUGUGUUUGGAAACAGUUUUAUUUAAUAAGAUGUGUACAUAACAUUAUUUAUAUUAUAAUACUGAGCACUGUAAAAACAACUUUAUGGUCAUUGGUAUUAUUAAAUGAAAUUUUCAUUGAGCUUA